UAUAGCGGGUUAGUCAAGAGACUCGAGACCCUUUCUUUUCCGGUUAAGAAGAAUUUGAGAUUUUGUGGGAAAAUUAUGGGUGCAGUUGCAUUUUAUCCUCAAUCUUUGUUAUCUUUCAGCAAGCAGCUGAAGUUGGGAAGGCCCGUUUUCUCACCAAGAGAGAUUGCAGAUUGCACUUCACCUUUUGGCUUCCAAAAGAACCCUCAUAAGUUAACCAUUGUAAGCAUAAGAUCUGAUGAAAAUAGAAGAGACCGGCCACCCCAGAAAGGUUCUGCUGCUGGAAGAAAGAAGAAAGGGGAUGGAAAUAAGAGACCUCAAUUAUCUGAUGGUCAAGCAUCAAGCUCAUCUAACCAGGAAGAGAUAAUUGCUCUUUUCAAACAGAUUCAGUCUUCAGUAUCAAAGGGAGAGUCUGUGAGCAUGAAGAAGAGAGAUCGCAUCCCAUCUGAUGGUAAGCGCACAGUUGAAUCAGUUAUUGAUGUUCUUCUCCAUACACAGAAGGAAGUAAAAGACACAAGUUCGGUCAAGGAUGGGGAGGUGAAAGAGCAGGAAACACUAAAUAAUGAACCUGUCAAAAACUUCAAGUUGGCUAGGUUACCAUCUACUUUUGUUAAGAGAUCUCCCAUACCAUCUGCUUCAACCCCAAGAGGCAAAGUUCUUGAGCCGAACAGUGAAGCAUCAGCAAACAUGGCAGAAAGUGAGCAGUUAAAGUUGCCAAGAGUGGAGGAAUUGAAACUUCCUCAGCUGAAAGAACUGGCAAAGGCUAGAGGGUUCAAAGGCUACUCAAGGCUGAAGAAGAGUGAGCUCAUUAAAUUGCUGAGGUCCUGAGAGGACCAUUAGCCGUCCUGAACUAGUGAGUUUUGACGCGCAUAAAAAACCA